CUUCAGCGUGCAAAAUGUUGUUCUCAUGAAAUCAGUCCAGUUUUCUCGUUGAGUGUACGUUUCAAACUUCAGAAAAGCCCGCUCAAAAUCACUCGCAAGUCGACGCGAAUCGGACCGUUUUUUCCUCCGCGCGUGUUCCGUGAAAAAAAAACCCGUCGAAAUCUCCGCCAGACAAAUCAUGGACCGCAUCGCUUCGCUUCCGCCGGAACUGCUGGCGAACAUUUUCAAAUUCCUGUCCGGGAACGCGCUGCGCCAGGUGCGGCUCGUUUGUCACCGCUGGCGGUGUGUCGUGAGCAGUUACCGGGCCCUGGCGACGCGACUCGCUCUCCGGCUGAAGCGAGGCAAUGGCAGGGGCAGCUAUUGGAUGGGCCAGAAUUUCCAGCCUCCGCCGCUUGUUCCGGUAUCGUCGUUUGCGUUUGUUUGCUGGGGCAUCGAAGGCGUCGACGGGUGGUGGCCAGCUUUCGGCCGGAAGUUAACGGUGCUCACGAUGACCGCGUGCACCGUUCGGUUCGAGGUGUUCGUGGCGAUGCUGCGAGUGACGCCGAAUUUGAAGUGUUUGGAGCUGGACGUUAUGUCGUUCGAGGGGAGCUGGCCCGUGGCGCCGGACUUCCGGCUGGAACAUGUGGAGAAGCUUUGGAUGAUAAGGGUCUAUUGUGAAGCGUUUAGCGUAGAAGAUGUCAUUGAGGUGUUGACGGUGAUGUGCCCUCGGGUGAAGGACUUUGCGAUGCGGAUGCUGGUCGGGAUGGAGAUUCUCCAAAAAGUUAUGCGGCGAUUUGAAACUACGCUGGAAAAGUUUCAGGUGAAGGUGAAGCGUCGAGAGAACGAUCUAAAGGCCUACCCCAUUGAACAACACCCUCCGGAGAAUUUGGUGGCGGAUAUGUGCAUACUGCAGGGACUGCGCUUGAAGCGGGUCUCGAUGGACGUUUCCGAUCCGUUCGACGAAAAGGACUGGAAACGGUUGAUCCAAGCUCAGCCCGAUAUCGAGGAGUUGAUUUUGUACGUGGAUUUUUCGUGGCGAUUGAAACGGAUUGCCGCCAAAGAUCCGAGUGUUGGAGCUCCAUCCAGUGUGUAUUAUGAACUUGCAGUAUCUCAACAGUUUCCAGCAGCUCGAGUUUCUGAAGGUGCACGGGAACAACCUGGGAAACGAUCCGAUUCACGACGUAUUGUUCCAUCCGCGGCUCAAGGAGCUGCACUUGCGGUCCGUUCAUCUCGUACACUUCCUCUACUAUCUGCAGCAAUGUACGCUCCUCGAGCACAUCCAACUCGAAGACUGUCGCUUUGAGAAUCGGAUCAUCGCCCCAACGACGUUCCCCAACCUGCGAAAUCUCGCCCUGCACUAUUGCAACGUCGAUCGAAAGGUACUGCUGUUUAUCUUCAACGGCAGCCCACGGCUUGAGCAGGUGCGUUUGUCCCGCAUGGACCACGUCGACGACC